UAUAUAAAAAUAAUGACGUCAGGUUGGAGUUAUCUCGACUUGCCAAACAAGGAGAUCCUAAAAUGAAGAUUCAUGGGGUUGUAGCAUUUAAAUGUGAGAAUGUUGCAACCUUAGAUCCAAUCACAUUUGAAACACCAGAAUCAUUCAUCUCUUUGCCAAAGUGGAAUGCCAAGAAAACAGGCUCAAUAUCAUUUGAUUUUCGUACAACUGAGCCAAAUGGCCUAAUUCUUUUCAGUCAUGGGAAACCAAGGCACCAAAAAGAUGCCAAACAUCCACAGAUGGUGAAGGUUGACUUUUUUGCCAUCGAGAUGCUUGAUGGCCACCUCUACCUGCUGUUAGACAUGGGAUCAGGUACUAUAAAAAUAAAAGCCUUGCAGAAGAAGGUGAAUGAUGGUGAAUGGUACCAUGUGGAUUUUCAACGGGAUGGACGGUCAGGGACCAUAUCUGUGAACACAUUACGUACACCAUAUACUGCACCAGGAGAAAGUGAAAUCCUUGACUUGGAUGAUGACUUAUAUCUUGGAGGACUACCAGAAAAUAAAGCAGGCCUAGUCUUCCCAACAGAGGUGUGGACAGCACUUCUCAAUUAUGGAUACGUCGGCUGCAUUAGAGAUUUAUUUAUUGAUGGUCAAAGUAAAGAUAUUCGACAGAUGGCUGAAAUUCAAAGCACAGCUGGAGUAAAACCCUCAUGCUCAAGAGAAACUGCAAAACCUUGCCUUAGCAACCCCUGUAAAAACAAUGGUGUGUGCAGGGAUGGGUGGAACAGAUAUGUUUGUGAUUGCUCUGGCACAGGCUACCUUGGCAGAUCGUGUGAAAGAGAGGCAACAAUUUUAAGCUAUGAUGGAAGUAUGUUUAUGAAAAUACAGCUCCCUGUUGUGAUGCACACAGAGGCCGAAGAUGUUUCUUUACGGUUCAGGUCUCAGCGAGCUUAUGGCAUUUUAAUGGCAACAACUUCCAGGGAAUCUGCAGAUACCCUUCGUUUAGAGUUGGAUGCAGGACGAGUUAAGCUAACGGUCAACCUAGACUGUAUCAGGAUUAACUGUAAUUCCAGCAAAGGUCCAGAAACCCUUUUUGCUGGCUAUAACCUCAAUGAUAAUGAGUGGCACACAGUGCGUGUGGUUCGGCGAGGAAAAAGCUUAAAGUUAAUGGUGGAUGACCAGCAGGCCGUGACAGGUCAAAUGGCUGGUGAUCACACACGACUGGAAUUCCACAACAUAGAAACAGGAAUUAUAACAGAACGGCGCUACCUGUCUUCUGUGCCUUCUAAUUUUAUUGGGCAUCUACAGAGUCUCACAUUUAAUGGCAUGGCAUACAUUGACUUGUGUAAAAAUGGAGACAUCGAUUAUUGUGAGCUAAAUGCAAGAUUUGGGUUCAGGAACAUCAUAGCAGACCCUGUAACCUUUAAAACAAAAGCAAGUUAUGUUGCACUGGCCACGCUACAAGCGUAUACAUCUAUGCACCUUUUUUUCCAGUUCAAAACCACCUCUCUGGAUGGAUUGAUACUUUAUAACAGUGGCGAUGGAAAUGAUUUCAUUGUGGUUGAAUUAGUAAAAGGGUAUUUGCACUAUGUAUUUGACUUGGGAAAUGGUGCAAAUCUCAUCAAAGGAAGUUCUAAUAAACCUCUGAAUGACAACCAGUGGCAUAAUGUGAUGAUAUCAAGGGAUACCAACAAUCUCCACACUGUAAAGAUUGACACUAAAAUCACAACACAGAGCACAGCAGGAGCCAGAAAUUUAGAUCUCAAAAGUGAUUUGUAUAUUGGAGGAGUGGCCAAAGAAAUGUUUAAGUCCUUACCAAAACUGGUGCACGCAAAGGAGGGAUUCCAAGGCUGUCUUGCGUCAGUUGACUUGAAUGGACGGCUCCCUGAUCUAAUCUCAGAUGCUCUCUUCUGCAAUGGGCAGAUAGAAAGAGGAUGUGAAGUUGCAUUGAUGAAAGCUGAUUUGCAAGGCCCCAGCACAACAUGCCAAGAGGAUUCGUGUGCAAACCAGGGUGUGUGCUUGCAGCAGUGGGAUGGAUUCAGUUGUGACUGUAGCAUGACCUCCUUUAGUGGACCAUUAUGCAAUGACCCGGGAACAACAUAUAUCUUUAGCAAAGGUGGUGGACAAAUCACUUACACGUGGCCCCCUAACGAUCGGCCCAGCACUCGUGCGGACAGACUGGCAAUAGGGUUUAGUACUGUUCAAAAAGAGGCCGUUUUAGUACGAGUGGACAGUUCUACUGGGCUGGGAGAUUAUCUAGAGCUGCAUAUCCACCAGGGAAAAAUUGGAGUUAAAUUUAAUGUUGGAACCGAUGACAUCGCUAUUGAAGAGAUGAACGCAAUCAUUAAUGACGGGAAAUACCAUGUAGUUCGCUUCACAAGGAGUGGUGGCAAUGCCACGUUACAGGUGGACAACUGGCCCGUUAUCGAACGUUACCCAGCAGGAAUAAGUACAGCAGGACUAUUACUAGACAGCAGAAGAAACAAUGAUAACGAGCGCCUGGCGAUUGCUAGACAGCGAAUUCCAUAUCGACUUGGUCGAGUAGUUGAUGAAUGGCUACUCGACAAAGGGCGUCAGCUCACAAUCUUCAAUAGCCAAGCAACCAUAAAAAUUGGAGGCAAGGAACGUGGCCACCCUUUCCAAGGCCAGCUCUCUGGUCUUUACUACAAUGGCUUGAAAGUUCUGAAUAUGGCAGCAGAAAAUGAUGCCAACAUCGUGAUAGAAGGAAAUGUGAGACUUGUUGGUGAAGUGCCUUCCUCUAUGACAACCGAGUCCACAGCCACAGCGAUGCAGUCUGAGAUGUCCACGUCAGUCAUGGAAACAACCACCACUUUGGCCACAAGCACUGCUAGAAGAGGAAAGGCCCCGACAAAAGAACCAAUUGGUCAGACUACAGAUGACAUCCUGGUGGCCUCGGCUGAAUGUCCUAGCGAUGAUGAGGACAUCGAUCCCUGUGAGCCGAGCUCAGCAAAUCCUACCAGGGCAGGAGGAGGAAGGGAGUACCCUGGCUCAUCCGAGGUGAUUCGUGAAUCCAGCAGCACAACGGGCAUGGUGGUUGGGAUCGUGGCGGCGGCAGCGCUAUGUAUCCUCAUUCUCCUGUAUGCCAUGUACAAGUACAGGAAUCGAGAUGAAGGAUCGUAUCACGUAGAUGAGAGUCGAAACUACAUCAGUAACUCAGCACAAUCCAAUGGGGCUGUGAUCAAGGAAAAACAGCCCAACAGCGCUAAAAGUUCCAACAAAAACAAGAAAAAUAAGGAUAAGGAGUACUAUGUCUGAUCUCAACAUCUAAAAGAACGCUUGUAUAGAAAUAGUCUUCAUUUUAUCUGAGACAUAAUACAAACUUAUUUACUUUACUUUUUAUGAAGCACAUUCAAAAACAAACAAACAAAAAAAGACAGGGAAUGCAAUCAGAAAGGAAAGACUGUUUUUAAAAACAAGCAUUUCAGCUCUUGUUUUUCAGAAACAGGAGCUGAUAAAUUCCCUAACAUCCACAGUGUUUUCAUUUACUCUGCCUGUCUUUAUGUUGCUGGAACGUUUCUGAAAGACAAUGAUGACACCACGCAUUCAUAAAGCAAGGAGUAUUACUACAACAUCAAGGCACAAUAUGAAACAAAACAAAUUAAAAAAAAAAAAAAACAAAACAGGAAAAAAAAAAAAGAAAAAAGAAGCUACCUAUGAUUCUGGAUUUAGCCAAAGUGCUAGCGCUUUCUUGAGAAGUAAGUUAGUCUUAUUGUCAGAGAAGACUGUCAUUAUAUAUGGUGACUCAACAAGCAAACAUAGUUUGCCGUCUGGUGCAGUGAAGCAGUGAUUGGAAACUUGCAUUUGAAACAAAGUGCUGGCUUUUCUGAAGACUUAUGUAGAAAUACUUUCAAAAAGCCCCUUUCUGGUUGUGAGGAAAAUAGUACGGAGGCCUUAUUUUCAAAAACAAAAACAAAAAUCUGGAAUAUAAGGCACAUUUCCACAAAAAAAAAAAAAAAAAAAAAAAAAAAAAAAAAAAAAAAAAAAAAAAAAAAAAAAAAAAAAAAAAAAAAAAAAAAAAAAAAAAAAAAAAAAAAAAAAAAAAAAAAAAAAAAAAAAGGAAAACAAGAGGGCAUAGAUGCAAUCAUUGGGAAAUUUUCAUGCACGCUUAAUAUGUUAUUACAUAUGUUUAUAUAAAAACACAUCUAUAUGUGCUUUCUGGACUGUGAUAAGUGAUGUUUUAUAGCCUGUUGUAUAGAAAAUGCAAACUAUAUCUGCUCUUCAGCCAUUUUUGGUAAACUCAAUGUUAUAAGUGUUGCUAGGUAUAGAGAGUUUUAUGACAUCUGGAGCAACAGACAUACUUCAGUUUUUUUGCAGCCAUUAUAAAUUGUCCCAGACUUUUUCCCCUUUUUUUUUUUCUUUUUAAUUUACAGUGUAGUGGUUAGACUAAGGGGGAUGUGUAUGAAUGUAUAUAAGAGUCAGCUAAUUUUUUUCUUACCUGUACAGCCUCUAUUAUGUUGCAAUUAAGUUUUAGUAGUUUGUAUGAAAGACGUGGACUAGAAAGCAAAAAUAUAUCUCUACUGUAAUUUGUCUUCUCCCUCCUAUCCCCAUCUCUUGCUCCUGAUAUGCAUCAAUGAAGUUGAUCAGAACGGCCAAUUUUCCUAGAAAUAACAUUCAUUAAUUAGCUAAAUAUUUAAUGACUUAAAUUGGUCUUUGGCUUCCAGUCAAAGCUUCACUAUUGGAGAGCAUGGUUUGCCUUACAGAAACCUUGUUCUUAGAAAUAAAGAGAAUGAUGAGUUUCUUGAGAAUCUUAGGAAGUAUCAUAUAGUGUUUAUCUGGCAUUCAGUUAUAUGAACAACAGCUACUACAGCACAGGGUGGUAAAAGAUCUAAAAUACCCAUUUUAAAUAUCCAGGCUGAUUCUACUGCAGAAUUUAUCCCUUUCUCCAAAAAGGAAAUAAUCUUGAGGUGCACGAUAGUAUUUUUCAAUGGUGGGCAUUUUGACAUAUGAAAAAGUAUUUUUAGCUAAGUUGAUUGUGUAGUAUUGCAAGACAUCAUAACCAGACAAGUUCAUCAUGUUUUAAAGUGACACAGCUUAUCUUGCAUAUAUAAAACAUUAAUGCAUUUUAGUUAAACAUAGUAAAUAUAAUGCUGUAAUUUACAUGUUAAGUUUGGUUUUUUUCUAGUAAUAUUUCAUUAGUUUCACAGCAAUAAAUCAUAGCAUAACAUUUUAUUUACAUGGAAGUUCAAAAGGAAAACAUUAGACAGAAAGAGGGUAGUUUAAUAGAAAUCAACCAAAUCAUUGGAAGGCCUCCUGGAAGGGAUAUAGAUAUUCACACUUUGCAGACAGGAAGGAGGAAUUUAAAAUUAGCUUUAAACGGGAGACACAAACCAUUUUGUUGUGUGUUAUUCACUGUAGCUGAUGAAAAAAGAAUUGGAAACUGGUACAGCUGUCUAUCUGGGAGUCAAAGCACUUUAAAAAUACAUGUAGCUGACAUGAAAACACCUCUCUUGAAGUGUGCCCACCACAUCAAGGUGUGUCAUGUUGCAUUUGUAAAAAAUAUUUUUAUUUUUGUUAGCAUUUACACAAAAAUGAGUACAGGUUCAAAAAAUCCAUCUGACGUUCAUUUCUUAGAUUGUGUGGCAUUCGUAAUUUCUCCCACCUUUACAAGAGAGCUGUACUCAGGGAAUGGCAGAGGCAGGUAUACUGGAGGUCAUUGCUGGAAGCAAGAGACUUCAGCUGGAGAGGGGAAAGAAGGAGUUGAAAGCCAGGUGGUGUUCAGAUUUCAGUGGUUGAAGAUACAUAGAAGAGCAAGAAUAAUCUGUUGACAGAAUAUGGUUUGGACAAGAUGAAAUGGUCUUUUCUGCUUGGUAUUGACUGCAUUAAUGAAAUAGCAUUGUCAGGCCAACUUCCAGGCAGUUUGGUAGGUCAAUCUUUAACUAAAUCCAUACAUCAAGGAAAAAAAGAUCUGCUACUAUUAUAAUAAGCAAACACAAUUUUAACACUGUUUCUGAAGGUUCUCCUUUUUCCUCUUUAAUUUCAUAAUUUAACAAAAAAACAAUUAUGGAUGUAUCAGAAGUGCCAGCAAGUGGAUUUAAAAUUCCUUUUUGUUUAAAAACAGCAGCAACAACAAACAGACAUAAACCAACUACCUAACAUAAAAUUGGAUCCUUUCUAUUUAAUAACCUAAUUUGUUUGACUGAGAUGGCUUCAUUUCUAUGACUGUAUUGUGUUGCCUUUUUUAACAAAACACUAAAUAACGUGUGAAACUUUCAACCCUAAGACAUCAAAGAGAGGCCCAAUGCCCCUAACCUUAUAGUGCUUUCUGUGAUAGAUAUUUACAAUUUUUUUAUUUGUUGCAAGGCCAAUUUAUUCAUUAUUGGAAAUGCUAAGCAAGUGGAAUUUACUGUUUUGUUAAUAAAAAUGUUUCUUAAUACAAA